AAAAAACUUCUUUGAAGCGACAAAAAUUAAGGAAAUUUCUAAAGAAAUCAAAGAAAUCUCCAGUCAUAUGAAAAUCGAAUGGGCUCCGAUAAAUAUUCCACCACGUCGCCGUAUCCAAACAUUGGCUGCUGGAAUUUAUAUUUAUGUGUUUAUGUUUUUGCCCUUCGUCUCGAUGCUGUUGGCCGCCUUCUUUGUGCUCUAUUUGAAUUAUAUUGGACGUGUUUUAAUGUUGAUCUACUUGACAUAUAUUUAUUUCGAUCAUAAAUUUAGAGCAUCAGCUUUGGAUGGUAUUGGCUGGGGAUCGCUGCGUAACAAUGCCAUGACCGAUCAUCAGCGUGAUUAUUUCCCAGUUGAAUUAAUAAAGACCGCAGACUUGACACCAGAUCGUAACUAUUUGAUUGCCUGUUUUCCACAUGGCAUUUUUGGAAUUGGUAUUGCCAGCAAUAUGGGCAACAACAUUGGCAAAUGGAUGAAAAUGUUCCCCGGUAUUCGACCAAAAAUUGCCACCUUGGAUAUGCAUUUCCGUAUACCAUUUAUGCGUGAAAUUAUUCGCCUUUGGGGUUUGGUAUCGUGCUCCAAACAAUCUCUGAUGUAUUAUCUGAAGAAAUCCAAUGAUCCCAAGCAUCCAGAUAAUCGUGAUGGAUUUACUUCAUAUGCUGUGGCCUUGUUGGUGGGUGGUGCUGAAGAGUCAUUGGAAUCACGUCCCGGACGUUAUGUGUUUGUACUGAAAAAUCGUAAGGGUUUUGUUAAGAUUGCCAUACGUUCAGGAGCCCCCAUUGUUCCCUCUCUGUCCUUCGGUGAAGUUGACAUUUACGAUCAGGUGGAUAAUCCUCCCAACUCCAUGUUGCGUAAAUUCCAGACAUUUGUCAAACAUUGGACCGGUGUUUCUCCCCUAAUCGUGUUGGGUCGUGGUUUCUUCCAAUACACC